CUCUUCGAUUCGAUAAAUAGUCUCUUAGACUCGCUCAAAGAGAAAGUAAAACCCUUCAAAUCUCACCACCAUGACCAGCGUCUCCGCCACCGCGACGGAGGUUGCGAAGAUCCCUCCGGCGCCUCCGAAGGCGACAAACGGCAAGCUCCGGGUGAUGUGUAGGUAUGGCGGUAGUGUUGUGUCUCUUCCGCAGACGAAAUCGCUUCACUACAUCGGCGGGGAUACUCGAAUCGUCGCCGUUCCGGAUGCCGCGGCGGUGAGCUUCUCUUCUCUUGUUAAUCACCUUGCGAUCGCUCUCGGAGUCUCUUGUGGCUUUAAGAUCAAGUAUCAGCUUCCUGAUCAUGGACUGGACUCGCUUAUCUCCGUCGAGACGGACGAGGAUCUUCAGAUCAUGAUGGAGGAACACGGUCGUCUCUCCUCCGAGUCAUCGACUUCUCAAUCUCGUAUUCGUUUGUUCCUUUUUCCGUUGAAAGGUCAGGUGAAUGGACGCGGUCCGAGUCAGGUCGAUCCGGCUCAGUCGAAGGCUGCGGUGGCGGAGAAUGAUUGGCUUGGAAUCGGAGAGUCUGAGCCUAGUCGCUGCGGGUUCACUCAGCCGAUGCUUCAGCAUCCGAAGACAGAGACGUGGUUCGUAGAUGCGUUAAGGAGCUCGGGGAUAGGGCAGAGUGAAGGAAGCAACGGAAGUGGAGGAGGCAGCGGAGAUGGUAACGGAGGAUUCUCUGGGCAGGAGUCGAUAGUGCUCGAGACCAAUUCAUCCUUUGGCUCGACGUCCUCCUCGGUUUCCUUGACCAAUUUGCCUCCAAUCAAGAGCUCCGGCGAGGAUAACAUGGCCAAUGUGCAGGUCAAAUUUGCCCCAACUGAGGCAGUGACUAGUGAGAAUUGCCUCGUGACACCGACACCUCAUGUCCAAACUGGAUCUUCGCAUGAGCUACCAACACGUCCUCCUCCUGUUCUGGAGAACAAGGGCUAUUCAAACUUGUAUGAAACUGGUCUCCUCAGCCAUCCAGGUGUGUCACAGGUCAAUAAACCAUUUCCUGUUCCUGUUCCUGUUCCAGUUCCAGGGUAUCAACCAGCUCCAUUGCCCAAUCAAGCUCACCACCAGCAUAUCCAGUACAUUUACCCGGGACAACACUACGGUGUGCAAAACCCGCCCGGGAUAUUACCAUACACACCUUACUACACAGCCUAUCAUCCACUCCCCCAUCCCACUAACCACGUCCAGUUUCAGCCACCACCACCGUCUUACCCAGUCUAUUACAUUCCAACCGAGCAGCGUAACCAACCUCACACUUCACAUUGGAUGGAAACACCCGUCAUAUCGACCAACCAGCCGCCUGCAAAACCCGAAUCACCGGUUGUCAGAUGCAAUAGCCCUCUUAUUCCGGAGUUGGCGUCUCCGAUCUACCCGACAUCCCAAUCCGCAGAUACAAUGACGCAGAUUCCAAAUGAAGCUCACAACGACCUCGAGGAAGACACGGCUCGUGCUCAGAUAUACAAGUCUCAGCCUCCUGCUCCCAUCUUACCAUCUCAGUACCAACCUGUAAUGGUUACCGAAGCUUUUGCUCAGCUUCGAACCGGCAAUGCCUGAGAGCUUCGUACCGAAGAAAGCUAGGCAUUGCUUUAUAUCAUCAUCCUACCAGCUCGAAACGAGGUGAUCGGUCAUGGUUUCACCUCUCUUCUUACUCUUUUUUCUUCUUCUUUUUUGUUGUUGUAACAUGCGUUUGUGUGUUUUCUUUUCUUUCUUCUUCUUCCUGUGUCCUUUUUCGGCUUUUACAAAUACUGGAGUUGUUGAUGUAAUAUACAUACGCACCAUAAAUAUACAUUUCCAUGUACACCUGAAUCGAUGUAACAUCUGAACCACUAUACUUA